CGAACUUUUUUACAAGUAAAAUAAAAGGAAAAUAUAACGAAGGCAGUAGAGAAAGGGAAAAUCGCAAAAUCCCCAGAUUUUCUUUCCAUCCAAACACACCUCUUUCUCUAUGUCUUUGGUUUAUUAUCUUCACUGUUUCAUUUGUAUCUAUUAUAAUUAUUAUCCUAGAAAAAUCUCUCUUCCCUAAUUUUCUCUCACUUUCCAGGAAAAAAAUAAAGAACACCUUCUGUAAUCGUUCUCUAAUAAAGCUAUUAAAAGAAUGAUAUCUGUUGUGAACGACGAUGCUGAAUUUGAUAAACGAUCGGAUACAAUCGAAGAGAAAGCUAGGGUUUCUACCGAUGAAGCUAUUGGUAGCCGUAAUGAGGACAAUAGAUUGAGCUUAGGAGUUUCUGAUGAAGAAGGUAGGGUUUCUCCAAUGGAGCACGAUUUGAAAGAUUUUAGGGUUUCAGAGAAUAAUAGAUCUGAGGAGGUUAGGGAGAGUAAUGCCAAUAGUGUAGAUAGAAGAAUAGGCGACGAAUCUAGGGUUUUUGAUGUAAAUGAUCGAGUGGAACAGAAUGAUAUGAUAAACGAUGAUGAGAAUGAUAGAAUAGAGAAUUCAGAGAAGCUGGAGAAGGAUACUGGUUCAGACUAUAAGUCCUUGUUAUCUGAGUUCGAUGAUUAUGUAGCCAAUGAUAGAAUUGGUGGAGGGACUUCAAGGGCGUUGAGUUAUGGGUUUGAAGUGGGUGAUAUGGUUUGGGGAAAGGUGAAAUCUCAUCCUUGGUGGCCUGGGCAUAUAUUUAAUGAAGCAUUUGCAUCUUCAUCUGUACGCCGGACAAGGAGAGAGGGACAUGUGUUAGUUGCGUUCUUUGGGGAUAGUAGUUAUGGAUGGUUCGACCCAGCUGAGCUUGUCCCUUUUGAUCGUCAUUUUAUGGAGAAAUCACAGCAGACAAACUCGAGGACUUUUGUCAAGGCUGUGGAAGAGGCAAUGGAUGAGGCAAGUCGGAGGCGUGGUCUUGGUUUGGCUUGUAAAUGUAGGAACCCAUAUAAUUUUCGGCCCACAAAUGUCCAAGGGUACUUUGUAGUUGAUGUGCCUGAUUAUGAACCAAAUGGGGUUUAUUCAGUGAAUCAGAUUAGGAAUGCAAGAAAUAGUUUUAAGCCCAGUGAGACCCUUUCAUUUAUGAAACAAUUGGCAUCAGACACUGGAGCUUUUGACCAGCAGAGCAUUGAGUUUCUUAAGAAUAAGGCUACUGUUUGUUCUUUCCGGAAGGCUGUGUUUGAGGAGUAUGAUGAGACAUAUGCGCAGGCUUUUGGGGUGCGGCCAUCACGCCCUUCUAAUUCGGCUGUUGAUGCUCCAACACGACCUUCUAAAGAGGCACCGCGAGCUCCUUUGAGUGGACCACUGGUGAUUGCAGAAGCCUUAGGUGGUGGGAAGAGUUCUAAAAAACCUGUAAAAGCUAAGGACCAUUCAAAGAAAGACAGAUACCUAUUCAAACGAAGAGACGAAGCAGCUAGUCCAACAAUGCCAUCAACUUUCAGAGAGGGAUCACCAACAUUUGUAGCUGGAGAUUAUGUGUUGCAGAAGAGGGCUCCAGUUUCUCAGAUUCCAGUAAAACAAGAGCAGACUGUUGUUAUGAGCAAGGAUGUAAGUUCAAGUGGAGAUUUAUCUGGAAAUGCAGUUCCAUCUGCAAACCAGACUUCAGCCCCCGCUGCUGCUAUAGAUGGAAAGCCGUCUUUGAAUAAAAGUGAUGGUGUGUCUGCAACUUUUCAGUCCGAAGGUGAUGUUAUAUUUGACCCAAAAUCUGAGGGUGGAAAUUUGUCCAGAUCAUAUGAAGUAGUUCAGAAACCUGAUAUGGAUUCCACUGCAAAACUGGAAGGAGGCCAGGGAUUAGAUCAAGUUCGAGAUGGUCUUACCAGUGAGCAUCCUUACCCAGUUGAUAUAAAGCGCCCUGGUGGCGUGAGUGCUGAGGGUGGGGUGAAGAAAGUGAAAAAGCGAUCUUCAGCUGAUAUAGGUGUUGAGAACUCUGCUUUGGUGGAGAAAAAGAAGAAGAAAAAGAAGAAAGAGACUGGUUCAGAAACAAACUCUGAUAAACCAAAGAAGCCUUCUUUCCUUGGAAAAGAUGGGGCCAAAUCCGCUCACAUUGGUUUGGGUCCUAGAGAAGAGUCUCAGGUGAAUCAGCAGAAGAAAGAUGUUGAUCCUACUCAUUCCUCAUUCAAUUCUGUUGGGGCUUCCACAACCAUUGGUGUGGGAAAUUCUGGAUUUGAACUUGCACAACUACUGAGUGAUUUGCAUGCUCUGGCUCUUGAUCCCUUUCAUGGUGUGGAAAGGAAUAGCCCAACAAUUGUUAGGCAAUGCUUUUUGCGAUACCGGUCACUUGUUUAUCAGAAAAGCUUGGUUGUGUUACCAACAUCAGAGAUGGAUUCUACUGAGCUUCGUGCUGGUAAACCUCCUUUGGUUGGAGGCUCUGACAACACCAAGGAGAAUGUUAGAGACUCGACUCCUUCAAAACCAGUGAGACCCCUUGCAAGACCUGAUGAUCCAACAAAAGCUGGACUGAAGCGUCUCCCAUCUGAUCGUCUAGAAGAAAUUGCUGCAAAGAGGUUGAAAAAACUUAGUCAGUUGAAAUCAUUAACUGCAGAGAAGAAGGGCAAUCUGAGGGCUUCGGAAGCUCCAAAAGUUGAAGUUAAAGAACAGCCAACUACAGGGCCCCCAGCAAGACCGACUAAAAAACCAGAUUCUUUAAGGAAAGUGGAGUCUCUACCUAGGGCUGUUGAGCCUACAAUGCUGGUUAUGAACUUUCCUCCUCAGGUAUCACUUCCAUCAGUUGCAGAAUUGAAGGCAAGAUUUGGACGCUUCGGCUCAUUAGAUCAGUCAGCUAUCCGUGUGUUUUGGAAGUCCUCAACAUGCCGUGUUGUGUUCAGACACAAGAUUGAUGCUCAGGCUGCAUAUAGAUAUGCUAAUGGAACCAACUCCCUUUUUGGCAAUGUGAACGUGAGAUACCAUCUUCGAAGUGUGGAAGCUCCUACAGCUGAAGCACUAGAUUCUGACAAGGCACGAGGAGAUGAGACUGGCAGUGAAACCAUACGAGUUAAGGAUCCUGUGGUUGAAAGACCAGCAGCCCCGGUGGUUGCACACCAGCCACUUCCACAACCAACGGUCCAGCUGAAGUCCUGCUUGAAGAAACCAACAAGUGAAGAGGCAGGGCAGGCAAGUGGGGGUAAUGGAGGUAGAGGUACAGCGCGUGUAAAAUUCAUGUUGGGUGGGGAAGAAACUAGUAGGGGAGAUCAAUUGAUGGUUGGUAAUAGAAACUUCAACAACAAUCCCAGUUUUGGUGAUACUGCUGCACCUUCUGUUGCAAUGGAAUUUAAUACUAAGAACAUUCAAAAGGUCAUUCCUCAAUCUUCGUCUUCGUUUCCUGUUAAUCCCCCUAUUCCUCAAUUUGGGAAAGCCCCCACCGAAGUGGCUCCCAGAAAUGUUCACAAUCUUAAUACUCAAACCACCACCCCACCAGCUAGUAGUACAACAAGCAUGGAUAUUUCACAGCAGAUGCUAAGCCUCCUGACAAAGUGCAACGAUGUCGUAACAAACGUAACGAGCAUGUUGGGCUAUGUGCCUUAUCAUCCUCUUUGAUUAAACAAAGGGCGACCCAAAUUAAUGUUGGAUCAAAAUCGAAGAGAUGAUACCGUUACUCCCCAUUGCUGCUGCGAGGAAAGCAUGAUUCUGAUUUUCGCGCAAAUGUACCACAAGUGCGACGGGGUUUAAAGAGAGUGCAAUCGAGAAAAUCCCAUUUGUGGGUUUAUAAUUUUAUGUACUCUUUGUUGGAAAAUGUAUUGCUGGGUGCUUCCAGUUGUGUACUGGUUUUCAAAGUCACCUGUGCUGUCUUUUUAUAGCCUUUCUACUUCCCCCUCCCUCCAAUUGAACUGCUUGUCUGUGUUUCUUUUUUGUGUGACGAGUAAUGAAUUAGCAUGUGUUCUAAUUU